GACAUGCCUUACCUGGACAGACAAAAUCGGACCUGUGGAUUCCUGGAUAUUGAGGAAAAUGAGAACAGUGAUAAGUUUUAUCGGCGUUAUUUUAUCUUGGAUACUCAUGAGAAUUUUCUCCUCUGGUAUAUGGACAAUCCACAGAACUUACCUCCGGGAACAAAGUUUGUUGGAAGUUUACGACUCCGUUACAUUUCAAAGGUUAAUGAAGCAUCAGUAAAGCAGAAACCAAAAGCAGAAUUCUGCUUUGUAAUAAAUGCUUUGUCCAGACGGUACUUUAUGCAGGCCAAUGAUGCUAUGGACUUGAAGGAAUGGGUCACUGCUCUGAAUAAUGCCACCAAAAUUACAGUUCCAAAAGCAUCACCAGUGACCCAAAGCUCUGAUGCCACAAAUGUUUCAAACCCAAGUCAGUCAACAUCUCGACAGGCGUAUAAAACAGAAAUUGUGGGAGGUGUGGUUGUGCACACGCCAGUCCAGCAGAGCGAUAAUGAGGACGUCUUCACGAGUGAACUAGGGUCACACGUCACUUUAAGGAGAUGUCAGAGUGUGCGUCCAAAUGUCAUGAGGUCUGGCUACUGUGUCAAGCAAGGCAAUGUGAGGAAAAGCUGGAAGAGGAGGUUUUUUAUUCUAGAUAACCAAACUGUGAGCUACUAUAAAUCUGAAAUGGAUAAGGAACCAUUACGUAGUAUUCGAUUGCAGGAUGUGCUGAAAGUUAACGAGUGUCUUGUGAAAUCAGGGUGAGAAUG